UUGACAAGAAAUAUCAAAACAAAACAGUGUGUUUGCGGGUGCUGCGUGCGGAGAAGUUGCUCGGCACUUUUUCCUUUUUUUCCCGGGUGUAAAUCACAACAUUAGGCCGGAUAAUGAAUUUCUUGCGACAAACCUUCAACCUUACCAAAUCGAUUGCCGGCGAGGCCAUCUCAUCGUUCCUGCAGCGCAGUACCAUGGCCACCCUCAACCAGAUGCAUCGUACCGGACCGCACUUUAAGGUACGGCCACCGCGCCAACCGCUCGAUGGAAAACCAUUCGCCAAGGGUGUCGUGCUGAAGACGCUGAUCAAAAAGCCCAAGAAACCGAACUCUGCCAACCGGAAGUGCGUGCUGGUGCGGCUCUCCACCGGCAAGGAGCUGGUCGCGUACAUUCCCGGCAUCGGACACAACCUGCAGGAGCACAACAUUGUGCUGGUGCGCGUUGGCCGCUGUCAGGAUUUGCCCGGCGUGAAGAUCAAGUGCGUCCGGGGCAAGUACGAUCUGCCGCACGUGAUCAAGCAGAAGUAGAAGUAGGGUCGAGAGAGACGUUGCAUUUGCAGUGUAGUGAAGUUGAAUAAAAGCUGUAUUACCGUGGUUUUGAAGCGCACGAAUUAACCAUCA